GCGUACACGGCCAGCACAGUACGCAGUCUCUGCAGUUUCGAUCUGUCCAUCUGUCCUACCCGUUUGCAAACUGCAACGAAAAAUAGUUCAUUUGCUUUCUACCAAGGAGCUUCCGACUUAAUUCCUGCAAGCGGUUGGGCGGAGCUGCGAACACGAUGGGAAAAUCACAAUCGAAAGCGUCUGGAAAGACGGAGAAGAAAGGAAAAGGCAAGAACGAAACGGAUGGCGACCCUGCCCACGGGAAUCCGAUAGAAGAAACAGCCACGCCGACCUUCGAUCGACCGGCCAGAGUGCAGACCUUAACAUCACCAACUAAAUAUAGACCGAAGGCUAAUUCUGCAAGGCGCCCACCUACUCGGUCAGGGCGCGCGACUGCUGUUGCAUGGGAUGCGAACCGGGACCAACCAGGUGAGAUUGAAGACGGUAAAGCCGUUGCUAAUGGCCCAAGUGUCAUCGGAAGUCAACGAGAUGUGGAGAACAUCGAGUCUCAAGAUGUGGCAACGAUGCAAGAAAAACGAGCACCGAGUAUCAAACCCAAACCGAAGGCUCCAGAUCAGAGUAUGAAAGAGAAAAGUGAAGAAGAUAGAAAGGCGUUUGAGUCUCCUCGGACUAAGGUGCGCAGUAAUCUAUCAGCAGACGCACAGAUUAUCCAAGAGCUGGAGACAAACGCCAAAGCAAAUGGUAAAAGUCCGACUUUCGUUCCCGACGUUAGUGAUUCUCCGCGUACUCCUCGUCUUCCUCGAGUCACCCUCACAGCUUCACCAGCAUCGAGUCCAAGUCGAGAGCGUUCGACAUACGACCGAAGUCAAUCGGAACCAGAAAAGCGACCGAAAAGCCCGAGACUGAUUCUGGAAAAGAGCGUAUCAGUCGAGCCAUCGACGCAGUCGUUGCAAAUGCAAACAAAUCUAACGUUUUUCGAGUACGGACGUCGCACACCGACGGGAUCGCGGUCUGGGACCGCAUCGCCGGAGAGAAAUAGAGCGUCUCCAGCAGCAACGAGAAAGAAGACACCGCCGACUACAACGGCUUCUACCUCUUCUUCAGGCAGAGGGACGCCCGUACUACCAAGACUGGCGUUUGAUCACGUGACUGUGGGUAACAUCAUCGACAACAAUCUUAAACGUCACAAACGUGCAAAGUCGGAAAGGUCCAUCGACGUCGGCUUCUUAGAAAACAAAAAGCGAAGAAAUUCGUUUGACGAACAGUUUCAAGGACAAUUGAAUGCUCUGCUGACUGUUUCAAAUCCCAAUCAGCAGCACAGUUCUAGAUCAAGAAAGGACGGUGACUUUCCGUCACCCAGUCCGAAACGGUUCCACACACCGCAGCCGGAAAGAAGAGGAACGGGGCCGACAAUAAAGACAGAACUUUGAUAACAACAAGCUUAAUUCUAAGGUCACAGCUGUAUAUGUACUAUGCACACCACAUAUUACACAUCAGGGUUUGUCAAAUUCCCUGUGCAUGGUUUUGCAUGAUAAUUAGUGAUAUUAAUUAUUACAAACCUGUCUUUAGUCUUAAUUAAUUAUUAGACUGCCUAGGAUCAUGACUAGUGCACUCCUAGGGACACAGACUGUAUAUGUUAUGACGAGACAAUCUAAUGUGAUAAUAGAGCGUCCAAUAGAUCCUGGAGUAUUAGUUUGCAAUAUCUUGGUACUUUGCCAAUAGCCAAUUUAUUAUUAUUCAGUGUGGAAAAUAGGGAAUUAUUUUGGCUAGGACAGACUGAGCUUAGGUAGCACAUUCUUGUAUGGUGUUACGUGUAUAACUAAGUGCCUCCCCUACUGCAGCCAUUUUGCAAGCAAUUUUUGAUAACCAACUUCCAAGGGAGAAAUGGAGUUAAAGGCAGCUGAGGUUUUCUCUGGAUAAAGCAUGCUAGAAGGCACCUAAGUUCAUGAAAUUAACAGUUACACCAUUGGAAAGGCCAUCACGUGCUAAGAGACAAGGUUUACAUUAUCAUAUAUGCGUAUGGGUCGAUGUUUUGUCCAAACAUGUCUCAACACUCGUGCAAUAUUUGGUUAGACAAACACAUUUGGUGGAACAUUGUCCU